GUCCUCCACUUUAACAGGCUGCAGAACAAGCCCUGACACGUUGGGGGGAGGGACGGGGGAACACCAAAAGGGUGAGGAGGCAUAGACAAGUCAGAACAUGCCCAAGGACUAUGAAUCCCACCUACAAGACCCACCAAGGGGUCCCUAGCACAAAUCCUGUCACAUGCAAAGAAGAAACUGGUCCUGUGAGCUGGGCUGAGAGGCCCCCACAUCUGGGUCCGACCCAACAGGAUGACCAUGCAAGAUUACUGGGGCAGACUUUGGGCUUUGCAUGCAAGACAGGCAACACUGUCUGUAAAAAUGGAAAACCAGAAUAAAAUGACAGCUUCAGAAGAACACGUGCAUGGGGACAAUAAAGAAAAGGCCCAAAGGAGAUCCCAAAAAAGACCAAACAAACAGGAAGAAUUGGCCAACGGGCCUGUGAACUGCCAACUAGAUUUCAAGAUCGAUGCUGCAAAUAAGAGGCAGAAGACCAAGCACGCAGUCACGACUGUCCUGUUAAACUAUCCUGACUCCUGCAAAAGCAGCAAGACCCAGGCUUUGGGAAACAGACCACAGCCCCAUGCUCUUAGAGACCACAGCUACUACAGAAAGAGCAAGCGGAUCAGUAAGAGCAAUGGGGGUAUUGCAGAGCUGAAAGACCAUGACUAUUAUCUAGUAGAGAGGAGUAGCCAGCAGGAUGCUGUUGAUAAAAGGGCUGACAGUGGUACUGUGACAGAGGCUAUUGCAAAUCAGGGGGGUGGUCAUACAAGUGCUAGUUGUGCUCAUAAGGCUGUGGCUAUUGUUCACAGGACAUUGAAGCAAAACACCCAGUUACAAACAAGGCCAUUACUUAGUACAGAUAAACUAGUUGGUGGGGCGGAGGGGAAUGUAACAGUAAGCAAAUGUUUUUAGCUCUCGAAGACCAUCAUGAUUUUCAAGCACAGAAGAGUAGCAGUCAGGAUGGUGGUGAUAAAAGUGCUGCUGGGGCUGUUAGUUCUGAUGCCUUAGCUUACAAGCAAGCAAAGCAGAGAAAAAAAAAAUGAAAAAAAAAAAAAAAAACAACAGGUAGAAUGAAGAUUGCUAAUUAGAAAAACUAAGCAAUUUUUGUGUCACUGCAAACAUCUUAUUGACAGGGGGUUACAGGGACCACAAGGACCCUUAAAUGCAAAUUGUUUUUCUGAAUGUGGUGGGCCAGUGAAUACAUCUACCAUGAAGUUUGAUGAUGAUCCCCUUGAAGGGCCUUCCUAGUUACUGCCCCCUGCAGAACAAGAUGCUGUGAAACACAAUGAGGAUGUUUCCCUGGGGAGGCUGUCUGUUGCACUCCCAAGUUCUGAGGAGGCAUUUGAAAUGCCAGCUUUACCACCACCCUCAAGUGUAGUACGGGUGGUAGAAGAAGCAGCAGUCUGCCUCAUGGCUUCCAUGGAGCAUGUUAGGCAUUAGGAAUGGCCAAUCUAGAGGUUUGGAGUUAGGCAAUAUGCAGAAGAAUACGGAUUUGUUAGUUUAGAUCAGAUAUUGCUACAUGAAGCUUGUGAAACAUUUGUUUGGGGUGUAGAGCAAAAUUUUGAUCACUCUACAGCACCUGUUUGAACCUGGUGAUUACGCUCAGCUCUGUCUUGAAGCUGCCAGCAUUCGUGACCCUUUGCAUUAUCCUGCUAUUAAUCUAAACAAUACGGACACUGCAAAAUUUUAGACUGUGACAGUACUCCCCUGAAAAGUAAGAGAGAACUGUGUUUUGAUCAGA